AUGAGGGUAACGCAGGAGAACAGAAAGAAAGAGCGGCGGAAAAAGCGUCAUGAUUCUGACUCCCCAGUUUGGAAGAAUACUAGGCGAAGCAGUUCGUGUGAUGUGUUGCAGUCAAAGUAUUCCGAGAUUGCACCAAGUUCUUCUGUGGACGACGUUACCACUCCGGGCCGAAUGAAGGGAAAUAAGAAGAGCACUAGUGUGAAUCGAUCAUGGCCGAACUCACCUAUCAAGGGAUGUCCAUUUGAAGAUCCGAAUUGUAAUGACAUUGGCUUCGGACUUGCGCAGAAUGGCCAAAGCCGCACUCAAGUGGUGUGGUCUCAAGUGACUCAAUAUCAUCGCCGGAAAGGGUUUCCCGACAAUCAUCACGGCAGACCUCCCCUGAGAUCUCGAGGAACAGCUCAGACAUCGUUGGGCGAAAGAACACAAGAGCUGAUGCAGACCAGUCAAAUGGCUCAGAAGAAAAGGAAGCAAAUUCGAAGAACACUGGGUCACUUAACAUCUCGUGCACAGCAACGAUACGGAGUAGUCAGACUCAAAGAAGUCAGCCAGCCCCGUCGUGUUCUGCCCAAAGUUGGUACCAAGGAGAGAAAAGCAAUUCUCGCAGAGGACGCUAAGCGGCGUACACGUGAUUCAGCAAACAAAUAUCGCUGUCCUCACUGCACAUAUUCUGCUCCAUUUCCCAGCAAGAUCAAACGUCACAUUCACAACAAACAUAGUGGCUCACACUCGUGCUCAAAAUGUGGGAAAAAGUUCGACGAAUACUCAGAACUGCGUGCGCAUGUCGCAAAAGAACACCCGACAGUUCAUCGUUGUCAGUAUUGCCAGUUUUCUAACAAGAUACUUGCCGAAGUUCGAAAGCAUACUGUCUCUAACCAUGAAAAAGGUGUCGCUUGUACUGUGGCCGGCUGCAAUAUGCGCGUUGCAAGGAGGCGCUUAAGACAUCACUUGCAAACCAUGCACCCAGAAAGGAUACCGUCCUCAUGUCCACGUGACGUGCAUUCGAAGGUUUCCUUGGCUGAAGACGAUUCAUGCUUCACAUGCUCUCAUUGUGACUUCAUCACGAAUGAUUUGGAAGAUUUCAAUGCACAUUUGAUGAAUGUUCACGAAAGAGGAAUACUGUGCCCAAUGCCGGAUUGCACUCUUUACAUUUUGCUGGGUGAUCUGGAUAAUCACUUGCGUUCGGUUCACGGGGAAUGUGACGGUAGUCCUCACGAAGAAAUCGCCAGUGGUCGAGAAUUUGAGGAAACGAGUUGCUCUUCAGUGCCGGUAUCCGUGACCAGACGGUUGGCUAGUUGUACAACGGCAUCGGUAUCAGAAUGUGUGUCAACGUCAAACAAUUCAGACGAUCUGCCUUCAGAUUGCGAUGAGCUUGAUGUCCCUGAGAAACCUUCGUUUGGAAAACUGAAAGGGAAUGGUGUUGGUAUGCAGUGCGCUCUGUGUGGAAAAUACUAUCGGAAUCCAUAUCUUUUGAAGAGGCACAUACGUAGUGUACACGACAAAGCGUACUCUCAAUAUAGAAGGACGAGGAAGAAUGUAUGCAGUUGGGAAGGGUGUGAAAAGGCUUUCACUACUCCUGGUCUACUAGAGGAUCACAUGAAUUACCACAAAGGAAUAACACCGUAUCGCUGCAAUUCAUGCGACAUGUCGUUUGCGGCGAGAGCUCGAUUUGCUGUUCAUCUUUCUAAAUAUCACAGAAUGAGCAUACGUGAUUAUACAAGCAUGGCAGCAUUUCGUGAUAAUCACUAUGACUAG